AUCCACCAGCUACGCAGGGAGGAGAAGAAAAAGGGUAGAGAGACAGGGAGGGAGAGGGGCGGAGAGGCAUUCAGGCAGCUCCGUGUCUCUCUCGCGCGUGCUCUCUUCCCAGUCCCCAUACUCUCUUUUCUUUCGAAGCCCACAAGUAGAGUAACCCUCGUCUCCUCGGUUUCGACGUGCGACUCCGUUCGAUUCCGGCAGCUCCUCCGCUGUCUCGGGGAUCCAAUCCUCCGUCGGAGCUCGGUUUUGGAUUUUUUGUGUUCGUGCCCCCGUAGAGUUUGGUUGGGAUCUAAUGGACCAGUACGAGAAGGUGGAGAAGAUUGGGGAAGGGACCUACGGAGUGGUGUACAAGGCUCGAGACCGUCUGACCAAUGAGAUGAUAGCUCUGAAAAAGAUUCGCCUGGAGCAAGAAGAUGAGGGAGUUCCCAGCACAGCCAUAAGAGAGAUCUUCCUCCACCCAGGUUUUUCUGGUAUAUUGAGCCUGGCUACUUUGGCAUCUGCUGAUGAAGCUGAGCAUGGCCUACCAUGUCCAAUCUAUCCUUGGCCUCACAAAGGCAUUCUUAGUUCCUAUGACCACGCAUCAAUUCGGCGCGGUCACCAAGUUUACCAACAAGUUUGUGCUUCUUGCCAUUCAAUGUCUCUGGUUUCAUAUCGAGAUCUUGUUGGUGUAGCAUACACUGAAGAGGAGACAAAGGCUAUGGUAGCUGAGGUUGAGGUGGUUGAUGGGCCAAAUGAUGAAGGUGAAAUGUUCACACGUCCUGGUAAAUUAAGCGAUCGUUUCCCUCAGCCAUAUCCAAAUGAACAAGCAGCAAGAUUUGCCAAUGGAGGAGCAUAUCCUCCAGACUUAAGCAUUAUCACCAAGGCACGACACAAUGGCCAAAACUAUGUUUUUGCCCUACUCACAGGAUAUUGUGAUCCUCCUGCAGGUGUUUUGAUUCCUGAUACUUCAAAUGCUCGUAGAGAUGAUGAUGAUGGAGCUGAAUUCCGUCCCUGAUACUUUGUAGAUUGUUUUUUAUGGAGUUUGAUAUGUAAAACUACAUUGUAAUUCAUAACUUUUUAUGUAAAUUUAUAUUUUGAAUGAUCUAAAUGUUUAUGUCAAUAUCAAUGUAAUUUGAAUGUUUGGUUCAUAUUGUAUAAUGUGUGUUUUAUGAUUUAU